UUUACAACUGGAUGCAUACUCAGAGACAUUCAACGACAAGUUCAAGGUCACACUGCUGAUAAAUGAGAGUAAGGAUUCAAACCCAGGUUAUUUGGCCAUCCCUGAGGCAUUGAAAAGGGUUUUAUGGUCCUUAUCCCAGCUUCAUCUGAGGAAUGAGCAGGAAGACAUGCAUAUGAUUAUUCCAGAUACUAAAAGUUAAUGUUCAACCCUAGGAAGUGGCUCUCCCCUUAUAGCAGGAGUUUCCUGCUGUGACCACUGAAACCAGAUCAGGGAGCUCAGGGGCUAGGCAUUUACAGUUGUCUGUGUUACAGGUCAUUAAAUGCUCCUGACUUCUCAAAAAGCUGAUAGUUUUCCUCUUGGGAGGAGCUGAUUGUACUCUUCAGGACUUUCAGCACUGCUGGUGCCCUGCCCAUUGGGAAACGCCUCUCCCUGUCACUCUCUAUAAAUGCCGUAGUGGUCCUGAGGGAAGCCUUCUGCAGCACAGCUCCAGCUGAAGACUUGAGACUCCAGUCACCUCACCAUGAGGCUUCUAAUACUUUCCAGCCUGUUCUGUAUCCUGCUUCUCUGUUUCUCCAUCUUCUCCUCAGAAGGGAAAAGGCAUCCUGCCAAGUCCUGGAAACUCUGCUGCCACAGAGUUCCUGCUCUCAACCUGACAACCCAGAAAGGAAACCGCAUGAGGCUCUGCAGAGUGUGCAAGCUCAAGCCAAUGUCACAGUCUUGGGUGGUGCCUGGGGCUCUCCCGCAGGUGUAGUGCUCCCAGAGCCAGGCUCCAUACAGCUGAGAUUCUUGUUCUCAGCACCAGAAACACCAGAACCCUUGGUCUGCCCCUCUUAGCAAGUGAGCAAUGAUGUUGGAGAAGGUCAUCUAAGGCAUCAAGGGCCCUGGGGAAGGUUCUGGAACUCCAGGUCCUGGUCCCAAUCCUGCCACAGUCUGAAGAGCUAUUGUGAGCCAGGCCCAACCCCCAUGACUUCAACCCCAGGAGGUCCCUUUAGUGCAGAUAGUUGAGGAUUUCACCAUGACCUGUGGCACCUAGGGUUCCAGAAGCUUCUAAGUCUACUAGAAUUCAGCAUAAUAAGACCGAAGGGUGGUCAAUGAGGACUGCAGAGACUCAGUCAUCCUCAAAUAUACCCCAAUCCUGGCAUUUAGCCACCAGCAUCCAGUGACCCCCGAAGGAACCACUCGCUAACUUUCAGACAUGAUUCUACUGGAAAGAAGACCCAAACUGAUACAAACAAACAAACAGCUAAAAUCCAUGAUG